AUGUCUACUUCUGAGAAAAAAACCAGGGGUCGCCAAAAGGUUAAGAUGGUUCGAAUGGAGAAGAAAAGCAAUUGCCAAGUUACCUUCUCCAAACGCCGUACUGGCCUUUUUAAGAAGGCUAGUGAACUAUGCACCUUAUGUGGCGCACAGGUUGCUAUUAUCGUCUUCUCACCAGGGAAAAAAGCCUACUCUUUUGGCCAUCCUUCGGUAGAGACGGUAAUCAACCGUUUCUUACUUUCAAAGUCUUCUCCAAAAUCUGAGCCUAACUGGGACUCAGACUCUCUUGUGGAGGCUCAACAAGGUGCUAGUGCUAGUGCUAGUGCUGGUGCUAGUGUUGGUGAUGGUGCUAGUGCUAGUGCUAGUGUUCGUGACCUGACUAUUGAACUCGCCACAAUAAACUAUCAAAUUGAUCUUGAGAUGAAGAAAAGUGAAGCCUUGAACAAGAUAAAGAAGCGAAAUGAGGAGCAUGGUCAUUGGUGGGAUCAACCCGCCGAAAAACUUACAUUGCAACAAUUGGUGCAUUUGAAAGCCACCUAUGAAGUGCUUAAGAAAAACAUCAUACAACAUAGUGAAAACCUCAAGAUGUUGGGGGCCCCAAAUGCUCCAAUUCAAUAUGCUAUGUUUGAUGCAAAUGGUGUCUUCAUUGGAUAUCGACAAGACUAUUACUAG